UGAUGUGAGUAUAAAAUGAUAUUUUUAAGGCUCGUGCACACAUUGGCUGAUGUUGGAUUAAUUGAUUUUGUCCCUUCACCCUCCGGAGGUCCUGCCUGGAGCUCGGAGGGGUGGGGGAUCAGUCAGCCUCUCUGAACAGCAGCUGCAGUGUUCAGAGUCAUUGCUGCUGCAGCUGCAGCUUCAUGUUCGAGGCUACAACUCCGACCCAAUUAAAGACCAAAUAAAAGCCCGCAUGUGGUUUCCUCCUGCUGCCUCUCCUCAGCACCGCAAUGAAGGAAUUUAUCCGUUUGCUGUCACAGAAAUGAGGUCUGGGCUCACUUUUAACCGCGUCGAGUGAAGAUAAGCGGACACCGGACCUGUCGAUUCACCCCGGCAACUCCUGCAGCACCAAGAAGAAGAAGAAGGAGAAGAAGAGGAGAUCACCUUUACUUCUUUUUUUAGUCUCUCUCUUCCUCUCAGAUUUACUGCAGGCUGCAUACAUGGAUAAUAACGCUGCGAAUUCGGAGAAAUCUCAACUGAUACACGAGAAGAAUGCGAAGAUGUAUUCUCUGAAACUGCAAAGCUCCUUUCCAGACUCCAAAGAGCAAUAUCCCGACUUCCCUUUUAAAAAUGGAGGCGUGGGAGGCGCCAUCGAGCUGAAACGACCCGUCGGUGCUCAUUGCCAUGGUACCAAAGCUUUGGCGUGUGAGGACAGCGUGGACAAGAUGCUGGCCAAGAAGAAACUCUACAUCGCUUCAGCCGUCUGCCUCGUCUUCAUGAUUGGUGAAGUCAUUGGAGGAUACCUGGCCCACAGCCUGGCCAUCAUGACUGAUGCAGCCCACCUCCUGACAGAUUUCGGCAGUAUGAUGGUGAGCCUGUUCUCCCUGUGGAUCUCCUCCAGACCGCCCACCAAAACCAUGAACUUUGGCUGGCACAGAUCAGAGAUCCUCGGGGCGUUCAUCUCAGUCAUUUCCAUCUGGAUCGUCACGGGCGCUCUGGUCUAUUUAGCCAUCGAGAGGAUUGUACGCAACGACUAUGAGAUUGAUGGCCACGUAAUGUUAGUCACCUCCGGCUGUGCUGUCAUUGUCAAUAUAAUCAUGGCCUACAUCCUCCAUCACUCCACCACCUUCCACGCCCACGGCAGUGGCUAUCACCAGAUCGACGAGAACGGCCAGAGUCCCGUGGCCGCUCACGGACACUCCCACUCGCUCCUCAGCGGCCACGGCAACACGAGUGUCCGCGCCGCCUUCAUCCACGUGGUUGGAGACCUGCUGCAGAGCGUCGGCGUCAUGGUGGCGGCGAUCAUCAUCUACUUUCGGCCUGAAUAUAAAGUUGCAGAUCCGAUCUGUACGUUCCUGUUCUCGGUUUUUGUCCUCUGCACCACCGUCACCAUCCUCAGAGACGUCUUCAGGAUACUCAUGGAAGGCUCUCCUAAAGGAAUAGAGUUUAACUCGGUGAAGGAGGUUCUGCUGUCGGUGAAGGCUGUGAAGUCCAUGCACUGUCUGCACCUCUGGGCUCUGACUCUGGGCCAGGUGCUGGUCUCUGUUCACCUGGCUAUAGAGGAGGGUGCUGACGCCCAGUCUGUGCUGCAGGAGGCCACUGAUCUUCUCCACACCAAGUUCGGUUUCUACAGCAUCACCAUCCAGGUAGAGCACUACUCUGAAGACAUGAGCCACUGCUCCCACUGCCAGGACCCCAGUGACUGAUACUGAUACUGGACUGGACAAGACUGAACCCAAAAAGGAAAUGGAACGGGACUCAGGCACAUUUUUCAUUCUCUCUGGGUGAGCUCGACCCGUGAGAGCUGUGUUCACAACGCAGAGUUUUUGGUUGUGUUCGUCAUCGAAUCACAAGAAAUCAGUCAACAAAAUCAUCCAUGUGUUUGCAGAUAGAAAUCUAUUAAAACUGAAAGAAGGUGACGGAGCUAAAAUGUUUGCAAUGCAACAAAGCCUCAAAAUCUUCCACCUCACCUCCUUCUUGGCAUCUGAGCCCCGUCACGAAAAUCACUAAACUCAACACUUAUUUUUAAAAGUGCUUUCCAGGCUGUCAUGAUUAUUUUACUUGCAGCAAAGGCAGCCAAACAUCAACCAG